GGGAGAGGAAGUCAUCAUCCAAAUGCUGCUUUUUCUGUUUUCGGGGUGAGAGGGUGGGUGAACAUUUCAAGUGAAUCCCAUUCUGGGUGGACUGCUCCGCGUAUAUUUCCAGUACGCCGCUGCUGUCGUGUGCUUUAGCUACUGAGUCCUGUCCUGGCCGCAGCCUGCAGGGGGACGCACACACACACACACACACACACACGCACUGGCGAGUGUGGUUAGCACUGUUAGCGGAGCGCCCCCAGCUAGCUGAUGGUAGCUGGGAACAAAUGAAACCGUAUCUGGGUAAAGCUGCCCCGUGUCGACCGCAAGCAAGCUGCUGUUCCCCAAAGUUCAAGCCAGGUUAUCGUUAGCAGAAACCAUGGUGUCCUGGUCGAAGAGCCGACAGCAGCUCCUUGCCGCCACAGUGUGGCUUUAGCUGGGCUUAUCAGAUGGAGGAGGAGUUCACAGCAGUCAUCCCAUCAGCUGCUUUCUAAACGUCAGCUGUUGUGCCUUUUAUCAAACGUAUGCUCCUGUAACCGUGCUGGCCAUGGCUUCUCGCAGUGUAGAUGAGCUACCAAGUGACACCAAGAAUUUGCAAUCAGUCUCUGAACAGCUUUCCAGAUGUUGCCCCGAUGAAAUCGCGGGAGAGCUGCAGCCAGAUACGAUGAAUGCAACAGUGAAAUCUCAAAAAUCUGGAAAAUUCAGGCGGACUGCCCUGACGUUUUUCGGAGUUCGUAAAGGUAUCUGUAUUUUACCAAGCUUUUUUGGAGGGAGGAAUAAAAAUCAGAACAAAUGGUCUUCUAAGAAAGGAAUUGGCAAAAGCAAAACACAUGAUGGGCUGUGUAAAGUCAGUCAUGAUGAUGGACUGAGAAGCGGGUACGCCUCAGCUGGAGAUUUUGAGUAUUACAGCCAGAGGGACACUGCUGGAGAGCUCCACGGUAGCUGUCGCAAUGAAUGUAGUCACCCCGCUGCUGAGCAGAAAUCACUGACUCUUGGUCGGCAAAAAAAGGGUUUGAGGAGCCUUUUUAACAGUUUUAAGCAUCACAGAAACCAUAGAAAUGAUGGAUUGGCUAAAACUGAAGUGAUUGCAAUGUCCUCUCCUCACAGCAAGAAAGAGGUGCCUGUUGUCCGGGACAUCAACCAGUUUGCCACAGAGUGCCUGGGAUCUGAAUCCAAUGUGCCUGAUUUUGCAGACGUUAUAUGUGAUAUUUCCAUUGGUCCUGAAUGUAGUGAGGCCGAUGUGCAGAUAGCUUUGGAGAGCAGUAUAGAGAAAGAAAGCCCAAAGUCUGAGUUUGACGAUCAGGUGAGCGACGAUCAGCUGGAGGAAAUGAAUUUGAUAGCCGUGGUCUCCGGUGAUUACGAGGAGCCAUCUAGAGGCCACAGCGAGCCUUGUCUGAAACUUCAGAUGACGUCUGAGCCGUCCGAAACGCCCGCUGGCUCGACGGAUCAGCUGGACAUGAUUUUUGGAGAUGUUGCAUCAUUAAAAAGCUUUGACUCCCUCACCGGCUGUGGGGACAUCAUUGCUGAUCAAGAAGAUGACAGCAUCACAGAGAGCACAGUUUCUGGAGAGAGGAGCAGAAAUGGAGGAAAGAGGGCCUCUUGUUAUCUUACUUAUCAGGGAGGUGGUGAAGAAAUGGCCUCGCCUGAAGAUUUGGAUGAGACGUGUCUUCAGGAUUUCUGGGGAAAUAAUACUUCAAAGGAAAUCUGCUGUACUUGCAGUCAAGACCACACAGACGUGACUGCUGAGCUGACGACAUCUCACAAUAUGGACUUGUUGAACAGUAGCAGCACACAGCAAGCUGGUGGCAUGGACUCUUCUUCAAUUGCUGAUGUAUUAACUCCUCAAAGUGAGCAUCAGGAAUCUGUUCCAAAUAGCGACGAGGGCUACUACGAUUCAACUACCCCGGGGCCAGAGGAAGGACGAGAAAAAACAGACAGAUUUCAAACAGACAGAUUACCCAGGGACAGUUACAGCGGCGAUGCCCUUUAUGAACUGUUUGCGCCUGAUGAAAGUCUUGUGAGCCCAAAUUAUGAAAACAAAUCCAAACUUCCCAUUUCAAAACAGGGUGACUAUUCAAGUCAGCCAGCUGAUGUGACAGAUUCAGCCUUUGUCACAGAUAUGAAUAAAUUACAAAUAAGUGCAGAAUUAUAUAAAGUUCAUGAUUUACUAGAGAUGACAAGCACAUGCAGCGACUCCUUGGAGCUGGCACACAGUGUGGUUGGUCGGCAGGAAAUUGCUAUGAAUAAAAACUGUAAUUUGAACUCAAAACCCCAAGCCUCAAUCAGAGAAGAUAAUAUAGAACUGGAUAUAUUUGAUCAAAAGGGAAAUGUGCUUGCUUCCAGUGAAAAAAGAUGCAUAAAUGCUGACACUGAGAAAAGGCAGAGCAGCUUAUCUUUCCAAAGCACGUCUGACCCAGACUUCGAAACAUUUUGUGAACCCAAAGAGGAACAUCUCGAGGAAAACAAGCCUGUGGCUUUACCAUACAGAAAUAUCACAUCUCAGUCUCAAGAUUCCAACAUCGACAUGGAUGAUGGGCAGACUGUGUGCUUCUCACAAGCACUCGUGGACUUCACAAAACACACUCAAAUGUUGAGCAACUUGCACAACAGUGUAGAUGAUUUGGAGACCAGCUCUGCCAUCACUCCAAAUGUGGAGGCCCUGCCCACCAUAGUCACAUUCGAUGUAGUGGAUAUGCAUAACGAGGGUGAAUACGACGAGCAGAUUCACAUGGAACUGGAGGAGGACAUUUCGUCGCCCUAUCAGGAAUUUGAGGAAAGCUACCUACAAAAGGAUGCAUUUGCUGAAUGUGAUUAUCAAAUGUUAGACCUGUAUGAACAGAACAUGAUUAGUAAUACAUGGGCAGUUGCUAGUCUCCCACGGCAUCUUGGCCUUACAAGAGUCAGUCAGUCCAUGCCUAAUCCAUUGUCUCUAGAGAGAAGUAGGUCUCUGGACACAGAAAGCCUUGAGUUGAAGAUGCCUGAGACAUACAGAGAGAACAGAGCUGCUAUCGUUUCCUGUCCUCAGACAGAAGACGAAUUGGAGAGAGAUUCCUCACCAUAUUACAAAAAGAAUGUAGUCGUGUCUGCAUCAGAAGUCCGAGACAGUAACAACACUGUGGCCUUAUCGUGGCAAACAAAGUCAGAAAUGGCUUUAAGCCUUCCUCUGACAGAUGCAGAAUUCAAUGAAAAGAUGCAGAGUCUCAGUCAAGUACAUAAACGCAACAUAUUUUCUGUCUCAUCCGGUAGUGAUUUUUCCGACUGUAAAUCCCAGCGUCUUUGCUCUGAUAUGUCGGACGGCGUCUCCUGUGAUUUACUUUCACCCAACCCGGAGCUUUACAAUAGACAGUGUCACCCUCCUUUGCAGUCAGAGUCCUGUUUACCUCAUAGCACUUUUGUUUAUUCUGGAUUGAUGGAGGAUGUAUCUGAUGAUAUUGAUGGCAGUGUUUUUUGUAAUGCUGCCACUAAUUUGCAGUCCUAUAAUCAGUGCGGUAAAGGCAAACUAGUGACUAGUAGGGAAGCUAUGUCUCAUACUGGGAGUCCUCUGGGCACAUGUGUGUCUAAGGAUGAAAUGUUCACCAUCAGUGAAACAAGAACACCCAGGGAUGUGGUGUGACCUAUAAGCCUGCAACAAUCUUUCUGAGGCAACCUUCAACUGGAAGGCUCUCAAUCAUACAGUUAUUAUUUCGUGUAUAUGUGCCAGCGAGUGUUUUUAUGGUCAUCCAGUUGAGGAAUUGUUGCUUAAUUUUUACUUGCAAGGCUGCUUCCAUUGAAAGGUUGUUGACACUGUGAUAGGAAGGACGCUUUAGAGUUUAUGAGAUCAUUAGCAGAACACUCAGAAGUCAGAUUUUCUGCAUUUGCACAGUUAACAGUUGGAUAUUUCACACUGGUUGCAUAUAUAUAUAUAUAUAUGUUAGUCCAUCCAUUUAAGGGAGUAAUUGUUUCAUUUGCAAUUGUUACUGAAUCAUGUCAUUAAGCUAUUGAAUUUCACUAGAAUGUUCAUACCCAUGUGCAGCCUCAGCAUCCAGGCCUCAACAAUAAUGUCAUACUCUGUUUUAGUGGGUAUUCAUCAGCCUGGUUUCCAGGCUGAAAAGGUCCUGCUUACAUUGCUAGUUGCCUCUAAACACACGAACGCUUAUGCUUUAAAUGCCGGCUUAUGUUUGUAUUUACAGCUUUGUUGCUCUCAAAAGGUUUAUGUUACUCUCUCAUGAUGCUCAGUUUUUAACGGUUUGAGGAAAGGAAAAAAAAAAAAAAAAGUAUGUUAGAGAGAAGCACCUCUAUGGGGCAUAUAUAUAAAACGCAUCAAGCUGUUUCUGUUUUUAACUUAAUCUCAAAAUGCAGCUAAUUCUUUCCAGAUCCAGAACAAGAUGAGCAGGUAUUAGAAAUGUACAGCUAGUGAUAGUUCAUGCUUCAGCUGCUAUUUGCUUUACAUACUGAUCGUUACAUUAUUUAUAUAGCAGAUACCCUGUUUGUGAAAACGUUCUACAUUAGUGAGUGAAGAAAUGACUAAGCAGUUAAAUGUGUAAAAAAAAUAAUAAAAAAUGGUUAGAGGCAACCAAAUUAAAGGGAAAAAAGCUACUGUCACAGCCUCAAGCUUAAUGUUUGUUUGUAGUCUGACAACGCAAUCUGGCCUUUUUUGUGUGUUUAGUUUUUUGGCCCAUUUUGCAACAGUUUGACCACCUGUGAAGUGCAAAAUAAUUACUAAAAUGUUGCACUCCAUAACUGUACUACUGUAAGCUUGUGGAAUGAACAAAUGGCUUAGUUUUUGUUCUUUUUAAGCUCAACUGCUAUUUUCCCCAUGCAUCCGUUUAUUGUGCAUUAUUGUUUAAGUCAGAGGUUAAAUUGUCAGAUGAUUGUCAGAUUUUUUUUUUUUUUUUUGUAGAGUAUUGAAUAUUGAACACAAGUUAAAGGAUUUGUAUUUAUAUUCUAAGCUAUUUGUACACUGUAACAUGUAUUUGGAAUUAUUACAAAUUGUCAAAAUUCAGUUAAGGUUCCCUUUGCAUUUUUAUAAUUUUUCUUUAUUUGUAAUAGUUUUACAGUUACAUUCAUGUUACACUAGGAAAUUUCUUUUGGAACUCUGUUACUGUUUUGUCGAAAUAGAACACUGCCUUACAUAGAAAUA